AUUUGACAAAGCAAAGAUGGUUCUGACACAUGGAAGCUUUUUUACUUCUUUAUAAAUACAUGCAGUUAUGUUGUAGCCUGCAUGGUUUUUAAAGAACAUGCUGUUCUUCUACUACAUUUCAGCCCUAUUAUUCAUCAUGUUCUUUACAUUCUGGUGUUGAUAAGAUGCUCUAUAUCCUCCUGAAUUCACACACACACACACACAUUUGUCUUGAAGAAAAUGCUGAACAGAAUUAUUAUUUUUCAGGUCAAGCCUUUUGUGGUCUUCCUUUCAGUUACUGGAAGCAUGCGUGCUCUGUAUGUGCUGCUCUGUUCCCUUCUGCUCAGCUUCCUGCCUCCUACAGGAGCAGAGGAGAGUGAUGCAGCUGGCAGAAGGGAGGAGAGGGAGAAACGAAGCCUACCCUACUGGGGCCUGUGGUCGUCAGACUUUUUCGGGUGGUUGGAGGAGCUACGAGCCCAGGCAGCUCACGAAGGGAUGCAGGACCUGGCUCGUACCUUCUGGGCUCACUUCCCCAUCGGCAGCGAGCUGGGCUACGAUGGUCCUGAGUCUGACCCUCAACUUGAGGAGUGA